CCGCAAAUACAUUCCAGGCACAGCAAGAAUACCAAUCACAACAAGCCGCAAAUACAUUCCAGGCACAGCAAGCAUACCAAUCACAACAAGUCGCAAAUACAUUCCAGGCACAGCAAGCAUACCAAUUACAACAAGCCGCAAAUGCAUUCCAGGUACAGCAAGCAGCAACCGAUGGGUUUGGAUUUGUUUAUCAGCCACAACAAAUAGCAUCCACAUCAAAUGGGAUCCCUUCAAAUGGUACUCCCUUCAAUCAGAAUCAACCACAACAAAUAGCAUCCACAUCAUUUAGUAAUGGGAUUCCUCAAAUCACUGCAAAUAUUAUGGCAGGACGAAAGAUAGCGAAGAUUCAUAAAAAGAAAGCUAUCAUAAGAGGAACAGAAGCAAUGGAAAUCGACUCUGAAUUCACUGGAUUUCAACCACCACAAGUAACAACCAGUCAAUCACAGAGAACAACCAGUCAAUCACAGAGAACAACCAGUCAAUCACAGAGAACAACCAGUCAACCACAGCGAACAACCAGUCAACCACAGCGAACGACCAGUCAACCACAGCGAGCAACCAGUCAACCACAGCGAACAACCAGUCCAUCACAGCGAACAUCCAGUCAAUCACAGCAAACAACCAGUCAACCACAGCGAACAACCAGUCAACCACAGCGAAUAACCAGUCCAUCACAGCGAACAUCCAGUCCAUCACAGCGAACAUCCAGUCAAUCACAGCAAACAACCAGUCAACCACAGCGAACAACCAGUCAAUCACAGAGAACAACCAGUAAACCACAGCAAACAACCAGUCAACCACAGCGAGCAACCAGUCAAUCACAGCGAGCAACCAGUCAAUCACAGCGAACAACCAGUCAACCACAGCAAACAACCAGUAAACCACAGCCAACAACCAGUAAACCACAGCGAACAACCAGUAAACCACAGCCAACAACCAGUAAACCACAGCGAACAACCAGUCAACCACAGCCAACAACCAGUCAACCACAGCAAACAACCAGUCAACCACAGCAAAUAGCAUAUGCUUUCCACCAGAGCGACCAAUACCAUUUCGUACUACGCGAUUAUUUUUUAAGUGUUUUUCUACGUCUGGGUUAA